UUCUUCUCCUUCUUCACAACAUUGGUGCGACUGCAGAGAGAUUUAGAGAAACAUACGUGUGGACAUCGGCAUUCGAAAAAGCUCCUUUUUUUCAUGUCAUCAUGCGCUGGUUGCUGGCUGGAUACUGUGGGCUUGCGUUGAUCAGUAUUUCAGUGGCCCAAGACAACAUCCUGGUGAUCAGCCAGACUCCCCGGUUCUGUGGUAUGAAAACCGGCCUCUCUUUGACCAUUUUUUGUCCAUACACCAAAAAGCCCAACCAGACAGUCACUUGGUACAAGACAGCUGAGUACGGUGGAGAAAAAAAAGAGAUAAAGGAAGGAAAUAGGACUAAACUUAAUAUGACUAUGAAUGUAGGCGGCUUUCUCCAGAUCGAUGAUUUGCACAUGGAGGACCAAGGAGUGUACUACUGCAAGAUGAACAACCUGUGGGGAUCUGGGACUGCAGUUCAAGUUGUCAGACGAGUUGCCCGGAGACAGACACAGUACAGGAGCAAGAUGAAGGAUGUACUCAUUGUCCUCCAGAGCCUGCUGUUGGCUGUGUGUAUUGCUGCUAUAAUUCUACGCAAACAGAAACUGCUGGAACAGAAUGACAGCAUAUAUGAGGAGCCUGAAACUGAUCACAUCUAUGAGGGCUUGGCAAUUGAGACAUGUGGAGGAGGUCUGUAUGAGGAACUGUCUGUGUACGCCCAGGCUGAAGGAACCGAGGCCCCAUGGGAGUGAGACGACUACUUUUCACCUCUACAUCCUCACAAUAACAAAAACCUUUUAUUUUUGAUGAUAAAAAUCAAAAUAAAACAUUGGAGAAAGUCCUUAGAGGGGAUGGUCAGAUGUAUAUUAUUAUAUAUUCCAAAUUGCUUGCUAUAUAUUUGCUAUUGUUUUUAUGCUUUUUAGUGAGUCUGGGUUGAAUUAUUCAGAUGUGAUUUGAAGUCUGCAGAAGUGUAAAUUAACAAUUCCAAAAAAAUCAAACAUCUGACAUUUUUGGUGCUUCAAGAUGAUUUAUUUUCGAUAAAGUUGAGUGUGUGUAAAAGAGUGCUUGUGUGUAUGAUUUUAUAUUUUUUUAAUUUUGUGAUUUUUCUUAUCAGACUUGACAGUUUGAUUAUUUAAGAACAUGCUCAUCACAAAUCUUUGUGAGAGAAAAUGUCACUUCAUCAGAGCCUCAGCAAGGCUCUAUUGUUCUUGUUUGGUUAUACUGAAGAAUAUGUAUGCCUUUUGUUUAUGUAACAGGGAAAAAAAAGAAUAAAAACAUGUCCA